UUCACUUGCCUUCUGCGCACGCCAUCACAUGCUUGUUGUUGCUGACUCUCUAUGAUCUAACGAGCAUAAAUCUUUUGUGCCAUUUUCGUGGUGUUGUGCAUCUUGACAGGCCUCACAUCCCCAGGUUGUUGACGACCGCUGUCGCCAGUCUGGCGUUCUUAUCACCCGUUUGCGCCUUAUCGGAAAAUGCAGACACAUUUGCAACCAACACUGGCCGUGAGCAGUCAUCUUGUUCUUGUUCCGUCAGAAUUGCAGAUCGUGCAUCCAGCAACUUCCCAAAGCGACAAGCACCCAUUCGGCUUACACGACCUUCCGGAUGACUUACUGAUACUCAUUUUCUCCCUUUGCAACAUCGAAACAGUCCUAACCCUACGACUGACUUGUACCUCUUUCUCUGCGGUCAUCCAGGCUUUCAUCAAGAACAUUGCGCCUUCCUCCGCACGCGCCACCUUCCCGGAUUGUAACUCACUCUUUGCACCACCUCCAAACGGAUACAGCUUACACUGGUUACGCAACCUCAUUCCAGCUCAACUAGCCAGUCUUACUCUUGAUAAGGACAAAUUACGCCGACAUCACUACAUCAACUCAGGUUUCCUUUAUGGCAUACCUAGUGAGAGCGCUUGCCCAGAGGCACUGUACUGGCGUCAACGCGUCGCGAAUGGAUGGAAGGUGCUAAGGUCGUUUCAUCUAAUCUCAGUUAAUGUAUAUGCCAGCUGCGACGAUGAGAGCACGAGGCCGAACGCUUUUCGAAAGGUCAGUGGUGGUGUGCGGACGAGUCGCAUCUGGCAAGCCGUAUCAUGUCAGUAUGCUGGUUGUACAGAGCACGGGAUAAAGCAUGUGUUUGCCUCAAAAAACCGCCGCGACUCCCACGACAGCCACAGCCAGGAACAGAAGGACCCAAAAGACUCUAUUGCAGAAGUUCGCCGCAAAGAAACACAGGUCCUGAAGAGGCGACUAGCACGUGUGAAGAAUCUGUCAGAUCAAGAUCUCCUGGAUUACAUUUAUGUCUGGCGUCUAUUGCUCCACGUCUUCCGACCAUAUAGUAAGCCGGAGACAACAGUGUACGACUUCACACGAGGUUGGCCUUCGCACUCCUCGAUACCACGCCCGAGCUGGCCAAAUAUAAUAAGCGACAUGGCCCAAGGCUGCUCUUGGCUCAAUUGGUUCGUGCUACACGUCGGAAGUGACCCAUUUCUCACACAGUGGGCACUCUCCCCGAACGCCUCUCACCACCCUAAACACAACCACAUCCGCAACACUAUCUGGACUGCCUGGAACGCACGGAGCACCCAUCAGAUCGAGAUGGAGCGCGAAUACGUCUCUAAAUUCGAGUUUGCACUGCGCAAACGGUGUCUCUCGUCCGAGCGCCUCAAGCGCCUCGAGGCGGAGAUAUCGCGAGGGAGGACUAUCAAUACGAUUAGUCUGGACUGCAUACCCUGGAUCUAUGAUCAGCACCACCGCAUUCCGCGGCCGCCUACCGACUUUCCGUGGUAUGAAACUGAGAAGCCGGUGUGGCUGGAUGGCGAGUGGGGAGUCACUUGUUCGCCAGGAACGAGUUGGAGUCAGCCGGGUGUGUUGAGGGGAGAUAUAUGCCGCCACAGAGAGAGCGUCAGAGACGGCGACCUUGAUCCGGACAACACAGAUCCACUAGCAAAGGUGCCGUAUCUCGUGUACCUGGGCACCGAAGAGGCAGUGAAACUAUGGCCUGGGAGCGACGGCGACGGGACGGAACUCGCAUUCUGAGGAAACCUGCGCGCUGAGAAACGGUCUCUUUGCAUUAAUGAAACGCUGCAUACA